AGCCAGUGACAGUCAUCUGUCUGGACGCGCUGGGUGGAUGCGGGGGGCUCCUGGGAACUGGGUUGGAGCCGAGCGAGCGCUAGCCAGGCGCAAGCGCGCACAGACUGCAGUCACCCGAGGACCACCCCCCGCCCCCUGGCCACCCCGGGACCCCCCGCAAAGAAUCGCCUCUGGAUCCCCGGCAGUCGGCGGGAGUGUCGGAGGUUGGCGCGGGCCCCCGCCCUCCGCGCCCCCCACGGGAAGGAAGCACCCCCCGAACUAAAAAGAGCGAAGCGGAAAGAAGCCCUCAUUCGGCAGCCAGGAGGCGAGCCGAUGCCGAGCUGUACCGCAUCCACCAUGCCAGGGAUGAUCUGCAAGAACCCAGACCUCGAGUUUGACUCGCUGCAGCCCUGCUUCUACCCAGACGAAGAUGACUUCUACUUCGGCGGCCCCGACUCGACCCCCCCGGGGGAGGACAUCUGGAAGAAGUUUGAGCUGUUGCCCACGCCCCCGCUGUCGCCCAGCCGUGCCUUCCCGGAGCACAGCCCGGAGCCCCCGAACUGGGCCACCGAGAUGCUGCUGCCCGAGGCCGACCUGUGGGGCAACCCGGCGGAGGAGGACGCGUUCGGCCUGGGGGGCCUGGGCGGCCUCACCCCCAACCCGGUCAUCCUCCAGGACUGCAUGUGGAGCGGCUUCUCCGCCCGCGAGAAGCUGGAGCGCGCCGUGAGCGAGAAGUUGCAGCACGGCCGGCCGCCCGCCGCGGGCCCUGCAGCUCCGGUCCCGGGCGCGGGCGCCACCAGCCCGGCGGGCCGCGGGCACAGCGCGGCGGCUGCGGGGCCGGGCCGCGCGGGGGCCGCCCUGCCCACCGAGCUCGCCCACCCGGCCGCCGAGUGCGUGGAUCCUGCCGUGGUCUUCCCAUUCCCGGUGAACAAGCGCGAGCCCGCGCCCGCGCCCGCUGCCCCGGCCGUUGCCCAGGCGGCGGGCACCGUGAUCGUCUCGGGGGCGAGUGCCGCAGCCCCGGCGGGAGCCCCGGUGGCCGCCCUUCCCCGCCCCGGCGGCCGCCCGGCCAGCGGCAGUGACCACAAGGCCCUCAGCACCUCCGGAGAGGACACCCUGAGCGACUCAGAUGACGAAGACGACGAGGAGGAGGACGAGGAGGAGGAAAUCGACGUGGUGACCGUGGAGAAGCGGCGAUCCUCCUCCAACAGCAAAGCUGUCACCACCUUCACCAUCACUGUGCGUCCCAAGAGCGCAGCCCUGGGCCCUGGGCGGGCCCCGGCGGGUGAGCUGAUCCUCAAACGCUGCGUCCCCAUCCACCAGCAGCACAACUACGCCGCCCCAUCUCCCUACGUGGAGAGCGAGGACGCACCGCCUCAGAAGAAGAUGAAGAGUGAAACCUCCCCACGUCCCCUCAAGAGUGUCGUCCCCCCCAAGGCCAAGAGCUUGAGCCCCCGCAACUCUGACUCGGAGGACAGUGAGCGGCGCCGGAACCACAACAUCCUGGAGCGCCAGCGCCGCAACGACCUGCGGUCCAGCUUCCUCACCCUCAGGGACCACGUGCCAGAGCUGGUGAAAAACGAGAAGGCCGCCAAGGUGGUCAUUUUGAAAAAGGCCACCGAGUACGUCCACUCUCUCCAGGCCGAGGAGCACCAGCUUUUGCUGGAGAAAGAGAAGCUGCAGGCGAGACAGCAGCAGUUGCUCAAGAAAAUUGAACACGCUCGGACUUGCUAAACGUUUCUCAGAACUGGACAGUCACUGCCGCUUUGCACAUUUUUUUUUUUUUAAAACAAACAUUGUGUUGACAUUAAGAAUGUUGGUUUACUUUCAAAUCGGUCCCCCCCGUCGAGUUUGGAUCUGAGUGGGGAGCAGGACACUUGGGGUUCUUCUUCCAGGACCUCGGAGAGGGCCUGCGGGAAGGGGUGCUGGGUGGCCCUGGCAGUGUGUUCCUCCGUCACACCUCCGAGACGGCGGUCCCAAGUUUGCGACAGUUGGGAGCCUUCUGGGGCUGUGGAAGUCACCUUGUUUGUUCCAAGUUUCCAGACAGAGAAAAUCAUUCCUUUUUAAAAUGGUGCUUAAUUUCCAGCAGAGGCCACGUUGGGGUUUGCCAUUGAAACCCCUGGGGAACAUUUCUGUAAAUACCAUUGACACACUUGCCUUUUGUAUACGUCCUGGGUAUUGAGAGGUGGCUUUUGCGGCCAGUAUUAGACUGGAAGUUCAUACCUAAGUACUGUAAUACCUCAAUGUUUGAGGAGCAUGUUUUGUAUACAAAUAUAUUGUUAAUCUCUGUUAUGUACUGUACUAAUUCUUACACUGCCUGUAUACUUUAGUAUGAUGCUGAUACAUAACUAAAUUUGAUACUUAUAUUUUCGUAUGAAAAUGAGUUGUGAAAGUUUUGAGUAGAUAUUACUUUAUCACUUUUUGAACUAAGAAACUUUUGUAAAGAAAUUUACUAUAUAUAUAUGCCUUUUUCCUAGCCUGUUUCUUCCGGUUAAUGUAUUUGUUCAUGUUUGGUGCAUAGAACUGGGUAAAUGCAAAGUUCUGUGUUUAAUUUCUUCAAAAUGUAUAUAUUUAGUGCUGCAUCUUAUAGCACUUUGAAAUACCUCAUGUUUAUGAAAAUAAAUAGCAAUUAAAUGAU